AUGUAUAGAAGUGCCAUAUUUAAGAUAUGCAAUGCAAAACUAAAAGUUGCCUGCGAGCAGAAAAUCUUUAGUUUGUUUCCAAGAAAUAUUUCAACAAAUAAUACUGGAUCUAAAAAGCUAUUUGUAUUUGCAUCUGUACAUAUUGCUGCUUUUUUAAGCUGUAUAUGUUGGUUUAAAUAUAGGAUUAAAACUCAAAUAGAUAUUGAGACAUCAAAUAAAGAGCUUACAAGCAACAGUAAUAAGUUAACUACGAAAAUAAACCAAAGAACCUCUUCAGGAAUAAUUAUAAUUAUCCAAAAAGACAACUUAGUGUGUAUUAAAGUUCCUAUUACAAAUAAAACUAAUACUCAUGACCAACUAACAAGUUUGGUAAAGAUCAAUCCUCUCCAUAAAUUUCUCAAGAUAUAUUUUAAACAAAAAUACCAAGAAGAUUUGGUAUAUGAAGAUCACUUUUCGUCUAUAUAUAUGCCACUACCUAUUCAUUUAAUAAAUACCAUGUUAAACAGUAAAAUAUUAGUAUUACUUAGUGAUGAUAAGUAUAAUCAUGUAAUAUUAAAUGGUAACAUUAGCCAACUUGAUAUAAAAGCUAAAGCAAAUUUAUGGAGUAACUUAUGGGACUAUAUGAUACCUGGAAGUAUAAGUGAUCCAAAUUAUGGAAUAUUUAAAUUUGAAAUAUUAAAUGCAACAAUGCAAUUUUGCAGUUCAAGUGGAGAUACAUACUGGAAACAAGCCUGCAUACAGAAAAGUUCAAAUUAA